AUGGUCUGGCAGCGGAGUUCAUCCCUCGGACUUGAUACAACCACUUCCACUUCUAGGAUACGCAGUCGAGGAGAAUCAGACGUCGAGAAGGAAGCACUUUUCCGCACCAACGACGAUGACCAUGCCAUUGACGAAGACACUCCCUCCGCCGACUCUUCUCGCUCCCCCUCCGAUAUGUACAAACCUAUCGUCGUAAACAACGCCUACACAUCCAAUCGAUCCUCACCCCCUGCGAUUCUUAGCCGCCUGCCUCGGUCCAUCAUGCGCUGGCUCUGUCUGGGAGUCGCCGCGACCUUGCUCAUCUUCAUAUUCUCCCUCGUGCAGUUAAGUUGGAAUGCAGACAAAGAAGUCCAAGUUGCAAUUCAACAAGAGAAGGUUAAACCAAAACCGCCCCCGUGGGAGAGUUUCCCUUUCCUCGAGAGAUAUUAUGGUGGAGUGCGAUCUCUAGUAUCUGCCGCCCUGAAUGUCCCUGAAUAUCCCCGCAAUGAAGACGAAAUGCCAGCGGAUAACUUCAACGUUUCCGAAGAACUACGCGAAAGUGAGGCCGCGAGAGAGCAUCAGAAGCGCGCAUUACAACCCAGCAAGUUGUUCGAUCCUUAUCCCAACUAUACCUCCCCCGAGUACAUAUCCAAGUACGGUGAGAAGGUGGACUGCUAUCUUGAUGCUGGAAAUACCAUUUCCAUUCCGCGGGUUCGGAUUUACGAAGGUAUUCCUCGAGGAUUCCCGGACAUGGCAAUGGGUUCGGCUCAGUUGCUCGGUCUUCGGAAUGACAUCUGUUAUGAUCGGUUUGGUCGAUUGGGGCCUUAUGGGCUGGGCUACAGCUUGAACCGAGGUGGUAGCGGCGCCCAACUAGAAGGUGAGAGGGAUGGAGCCGAUCUGGUGUGGUCUGAAAGCCCUGAGGUUGAUUGGAGGAGUGUCAAAUGGCUCCAAGUCCAGAAGCGAUGUCUGUUAUCGAACCAACACCGGUUCAAGGAAUUACCACCAGCCCAGCCGGACACCUUCCGGGCAAUGCAACUCGGAAUCAUGCAGAAGAGAGAUGAACAUGAACCAUCAGAUUUUGCGGCAAUGGCAUCAAACGGCGCCGGCCAAUCCAAGACCAAACCAAAGACUGGGUCCGAGAAACUAGGUCGAACUGCAGUUAUAAUCCGGACUUGGAAGGACUAUAACUAUACUCCCGAAGACAAAAUCUAUCUUCGAUCACUCAUUUCGGAAUUGGCCAUGCUGUCAGGGGGCGAAUUUAUGCUCCAUUUCCUCAUUCAAGUCAAGGACAACGAAUUGCCAAUCUUCUCAGAUGACGAGACCUAUGAAAGGGUUCUUCGAGAAUCAUUACCGGAAGAGUUCAGUGGCAUGGGAACGUUGUGGAAUGAACGUCAGAUGCACUUGAUGUACGGUGGUCUGGAAGAAACUUGGAUGCGAGACCUCCCUGUUCACGGUGUAUAUCGAAGCACUUUCAUGCCGAUGCAAUAUUUCGCAUAUCGACACCCAGAAUUUGAUUUUUUCUGGAACUGGGAGAUGGACAUCCGUACCACACAUCAUUGGUACCAUUUGUUCGACAGUGUCAGCAAGUGGGCUAAGGCUCAGCCUAGAAAGUUGCUGUGGGAGAGGAAUAGCCGAUUCUUUGUACCCUCGGAGCAUGACACCUGGGAAGAUUUCAGUCAAAUGGUCCGUAUUCAGACGGAACAUGGCACCAAUAGCGUGAACAACCUAUGGAGCUCUCUCAAUCGAGACAAGGACGAUUCUGUAGCUGGCGCGGUGAGGCAACAGGGUGAUCGACCUGUCUGGGGACCUGAGCGACCUCUUGAUGACGAUGUUGCCUUUGAGGGCGAUCCUCAACCACCUACCUCCUUUGAAAAGGACAAGUACACCUGGGGCGUUGGCGAGGAUGCCGACCUGAUCACGUUCAACCCUCUUUUCGACCCUGACGGCACUACAUGGCUUCUCACAGAAGAUACCACGGGCUAUAAUAAGACACGAGGCCAACCACCACGGCGCACUGCGAUUAUUACUGCAAGCCGACUAUCAAGAAAAUUACUUACAACCAUGCAUCGCGAAACAUCAAUUAAGAAACACACCAUGUUCUCGGAGAUGUGGCCUGCAUCUUGUGCCUUGCACCAUGGACUGAAAGUCGUCUAUGCGCCUCACCCAGAGUACAUUGAUCGGAAAUGGCCGACCAAGUAUCUGCAAGCCGUCCUGAAUGCAGGACGGAACGGUGCGACAGGCGGAGCGCGGACGAGCGUGUUCGGCGACCGUGAACACAACUUCCGCGGGACGACAUGGUAUUAUAACGCAGGGUUUCCCGAGGUGCUUUGGCAUCGAUGGCUGGGAAUGAAGUUCCAUAAUGUAGGAGGUGAGCAGGAGGAAAUGGCAGGCGAGGGCAGGAUGUGCCUUCCUGGAAUGCUGCUGCAUCCUAUCAAGAGGGUGGAUUUGGUUCUUGAAUCCAGGAGGGCAGACCAAUCUGGUUGA